AUGGCAAGCCCUUCCCGGGGUUUGUCGGCUUUGGUUCAUUUGGUCGGACUUUCGAGCUUUUUGUGGUCGUUCAAAUACAUGCACGAAAACCCUAACCAAGCUAAUGAAGCAUAUGGUUGGCAUUUCCAAUACCUCACCGUGAUUGGCCUGUCAUUGUCAACACUCACUUUUGCGGUUGCACUACUCGCGGAUGUUACGUCGUCUCGACGACUGUUCCUAAUCAAAAACAUCCUAUCAAUAUGCGGUGCCCCCCUUGAGGUUGUGAUCAGUGUUUUAUACUGGGGUCUUCGCUUGAUCGACGGGAGUUUGGUGAUCCCCCCAGAUGUUUUUAUUCCGGUCCAUGCCGAUAUCAGCUUCCACGCAACACCGUCAGUGGUGAUGUUGAUCGACCUACUGCUCCUGUCCCCACCCUGGACAAUCACCGCACUCCCCGCAUUAGCGUUGUCUGGCACUCUCGCCUUCAGCUACUGGUUUUGGAUCGAACAAUGCUUCUCUCAAAAUGGAUGGUACCCAUAUCCAAUCUUCGAAGCACUGCCAACAUCAGGUCGUAUUGGCCUAUUCACUCUCAGUGCCAUUGUGAUGGCAUUAAGCACCAUUACUCUGAAGUGGCUCCAUGGACGUGUCAAUGGAUUCGGCAACCCCAUUAAGCCGCAAUCCCGUCCAGGUGAUAUCAGGCGAAAGGAUGGGCUGUAG